CAAUAUUUACUGCUUUGCAAUAUUAUUCUAGUGAGCUAUGGUGUUUUGUCAGCGAGACAGAAGGCGCUACCAAACGUUUGUUCGUGUAUGGACUUAUCAUUACAAACAGCGACCCCGGUCGCUUUUCAAUGUGUGCCCUCUCGCCUAGGAACAUGGCGAAACAUACACGCCAGGUACAGCUGACUGUGAGGUAUGUCAAAGCCGAUACUCGUUGAUUGUUGAUAAUACAGUGGUGAUAUAGACUACCGUGUAUGUUGCAGGCUUGCAAUUGACAGAUAUUAACCGCCACCCGGGCCAGACCCGCGAGAAGAAAGUGAUAAGGGACGCUGUGAACAGUAGAUUUAAACUGAGAACGUUGUUCAGCGUCGAAUUGCUUGAUAACAUUGUUCAUUGGAAAUAUAUACUGUUUAUUGGGACUAAGUGCUUACCCCCGCUGUGUUCUAGCAGUUGGUCAGAUGGUCCAGUGAUUGUGAAACGUUUCGGGAUUUACAGAAAUUUGAGAAAUGCGGCAAAAACGGUCAAGCAGUGCCCCUGUGAGGGUCCUGACCCACAAGCGCCUGACAGCCACCCCCCUCACAGUUACAGAUUAUCCCCGUAACCAGACUACCCGCGCUUCCUGUCGGUCACGUGUUUCCUCGAGACGCCUGGGGUCUGCGAUGAGUGGAUCUGGACUAGGGGCAGCCAUCGACGCCUUCAGCGAGGUGUCCCUGGACAGGUCCGGACUCUUCAUCUGGAAACUCGAGGGUCGACGGUUACAUCUGGUGGAAGGUAACGACCACGGAUUUCUUCUGGAGGGGACGGCCUACAUUGUACUACAGAUCUCGCUGGACAAGACGUCCUCCUUACACUUCUGGACCGGAAGGAAUGCGACAGAGAAUGACGUCAGCAACAUCCAUGACCUUGCGCACGAGUUGGACGCCACAAUAUGUCGAGCCAGUAUAUUCUCCAAGGAAGUGCAGGGCCAUGAGUCGUUAUGCUUUCUGCGCCUCUUCCCAGAGGGACUUGUGUAUCUGGAGGGAGGACCCCACACCAGCCUCUCCAGAACCGCCCGUUACGUCAAGCGGCUGUACGUCGUCACGGGGAGGAAACAUGUCAGGGCGGCCUGCGAGCGGCCGACGGUAUCAGCACUUGACCCUUCGGUGUCGGUCAUCCUGGACGGCUACCCUCGCGUCUACGUCUGGAUCGGCAGCAAGUGCGGCUACGUCACACGGGUCAAGGCUAUUCAAGUGGCCCGGCGAAUACGGAAUUGGCAGAGGAAAGGAAAAGCGCAUGUUGUCGUUAUUGACGAGAAAGACGAAGAACUGAACAAGACAUUCCUGAAGAAGCUGGACGAGGAGCGGGAGGAGUCACCAGUCCACCGCGAGACUAACGGACACACGGGCAUUGACCACACCGACGAAACUAUCACGCUUCGCCGGGUGAGUGGAGAUCGGGUGUUGUAUGACAUGCCCUACGCUGCACGGAAACCGCUCCAGUACAAAUACCUCGUGUCCUCGUCGUGCUACCUGCUGGACACUGGACCGGACAACCCAGUGUUUCUAUGGGUAGGAUCUCACGCACCGGUCUCCGAGGUCAGCAAUGCUAUCUCAAGAGGAAAGACAUUCUCAGAACACAAAGAGUACCCUGACAACGUGACUGUGUCCCGUGUUCUGGAGGGACACGAGCCGUUAGUGUUCCGCCAGGCCUUCAAUGACUGGAGAGAUCGGCCGCAGAGUCAGACCAGGAAAUACAGUGCCGGCAAUAUGGGUAGGGCGUUGUUCUCCCGAUCCAGCAAGCGAACUGUAGCUAAAGUCUCCGACACAUUGUCAGAAGAUACAGUGGAGGAGAACAAUGUCAUCUUCACAGACGAGCAGCUAGAGGUGUACGUAUUGAAGGAAAACUCCCUUGAGUGUGUGGAGAAAUGGGAUAACGGUACUUUCUCAAACGGCCAGUGCUACAUCAUUAACAACCAGCACCUAGCUGACCGGCAUUGCAAAAGGACCCUGUACUACUGGACGGGGUGUAAGACCUCCGCCUCAGACAGGACGAGGAUCGUGGAGUUGGCGAUGGUGAUGGAGGAGGCAUACAGCCACAAUGUCGCCUUGGUGCGUGUUUUAGAUGGAAAAGAACCCAGUCACAUGCUGAACGCCCUGGGAAAUUCAAUGAUUGUCUUCGAUACAGACCUGGAGGAAGCGUCCCCGUCAGUCCAAGUGUUCUCUGUGCGGGAGUUUAUCAAGGGGAACAUCAGAGUAGCUCAGGUACCGCCUACAGCAACGUCACUCAAUUCGUCGGCAGCUUUCGUGGUUAUCUCCCCUGAUGAGUGUUUUUUGUGGUAUGGACGGCGUUCUGGUGGCCCUGAGAGGGAAUACGCCAAAUACAUCCUUGGAUAUCUUCAUCCGUGCAAAAUGUACGACUACGACAUAGUGACGGAGGCGAAGGAGACGGAGGUGUUUUGGUCGGUGCUGGGCGGUAGACGCCAGUAUGAAGCAGAGUACAUCACCACGCGCCUAGAAAGAAGGAAUCCCCGCCUGUUCCACUGUUGUGUCGAAGUAUCUGGGCUUAGCUUUGAUGAGACAAUUGACUUCAGUCAAGAGGAUUUCACAGAACAGGACUUGAUGCUCCUCGACACAUUUGACCAGAUAUUUCUAUGGUGUGGGACGAACAUUGACGCAAAUACACGCAACACGUUUGGAGACGUUGCACAGGCGUACCUCGCCAAGGACCAGGCAGGUCGGGAUUCCCGGGACCUACAGCUGUGGUACAUCUGCCAGGGGCACGAACCACACGGCUUCACCAAGUACUUCAGGAACUGGACAUCCAAGGGAUUCGGGGGAAAAGAUGUUUACGAUCUCGCUAGAAAGAGAGUGCGGCAAGAAAACGCUCGCAUUGAUGUCAGCUCAGAUAUACUCGACAAAACCCACGUUGUUAAAGCAAAAUACCCAUACAAGAUGUUGGUGAGAGGGGAACUCCCGUCUGAUGUAGACCCAACAAAUAAACAGCACCUCACAGACAAAGACUUCCUGGAGGUGAUCAGAGUCAGUCGUUUCCAGUUCUGUCAACUACCAAAGUGGAAACAAAAGCAGAUCCUAAAGAUGGCGCACCUCACUUCCGGUCACAUGACGCCAGUCUCUUCUCCACUCACAGACAAAGCGUCUAUACCGUGUCUGUCCCUACACUUGCAGUCAUGACGGGAUGACUCAGUGUUCAGUAGCAUAUGACGUUGUUAAAGUUCAUAUUGGUGUAGAACCUUCACCAUCACAUAUAAUUGUUUAACAGUGAUUAUUAAUUAACGGUGUCUAUCGUGUAACAAAGUCAUUGCAGUCAUGAAUGUAUGAUUAUCACAAAAAAGACGAUAGUUGCAUUGUAUAAUUAUGUGACAACAAAUUGGUGUUAAUAUGGACAAAGACAAGCCGUCUAGACAGCUGCCUUGUAUCUAUUGUGUUGCCACUGGAAUAUGUGUCUCCUGUACUAGAAGCAGUGCUCUGAAACGACAUUGAAUAUUAUACAUUUAUACAUGUUUUUAACACAUGUCUCAGACAGAGAAUCUGACUAUGUUACAUUCGUGAUUUUGUUUGUCAGUUUAUAGAAUCACUCUGUGCAGCCUAUCAUGUAUAUAUGGUGUCGGUAUGAACGUGUAUCGAACAUCGAAUUACUGUUGCAUUCAGUAGGUUCUCUACAAGCCGGUUUUAUAUGCAGACUAUCGCGUAUAAACGGUCAUCAUUUCCAUCUGUACACGAGUAGCAAUAAUAGCAGCACUGCAUAAGUUUCACCUUAAUUCUGGUCACCUCACACACCGUCUGUAGAAAUAUAUUUAUAUUUGUCCUCGUAGUUUAACACUUCAUUUACAUCUUGUAUCGGGCAAUGCACUUGUGACGUGUUUUAACUUGUUUUGAGGGUACGCAGAUGGCCAUCGUCUCAUCCACCCUUCACAUUUCGUUAAUAAACCAAGAGGUGUAAUCGCGCCCUUUUGGUAUUUACAAUUUUAAUUAUAUUUGCAGUAAUCAGUGAAGAUACGCAUAUUUUCAUGACACUUUGCUCACAUUAUUACUUGAAGACCUGACUGGUGAAGAUCCGGGAUAGAAUAGGUCUUCAGCAACCCAUGCUUGCCAUAAAAGGUGACUAUCCUUGCCUUUAGAGGCGACUAACGGGAUUAUUUACAGACCACCGUCAUAUAGCUGAAAUAUUGCUGAGUGCGUCGUUAAACAACAAACAAACAAUUCAACCAUUGUGCUUUCAUUGGAUACAUGUCAUGUAAAAGUAAAAUCUACACCUUUCUUUAUGACAAUGCUAGCAUACAAGGAUAUCGUGGGUGUCGGGGAUAAAUGUAAAAUUUGUCUUCUACUAUUUAUAUUAUAUAUCUAUUUUUUGUAUAUCGAAACUAACAUAAUAUGUACACAUUGUAAUAAACUGUAUGUAGAUACAUAUUUCGGUAUUAAUGACUUGUAAAUAAAUUCAGUCUAUUCGA